CUGAAAUUGGUUUAGAACCACUUUCAAUAACAGGCAUAAUCUCUCGGAACACAAAUCAACUUGGGAUCCCUAAUUUUUGAAGCAAAAUACUACUGAAAAGAAAGAAUGUCAAGCGGAAAUCAGUCCCCUAGUCACCUCCGUCGAAGCGUUGUAGUUGCCGUUCAGACGCUUUCCACCACUACCUCAUCCGAAAUGAUUCUACGAAUCCAGUUGAGACGCCGGCGAUGGAUGGUGACGAAGGCCAAGUCCGUCGAUGAUGGCGUUUGCAACUCCCCGCCUUGAAUGUUAUCGUUGGCAAAAACCGGAUUUUGCAUCCAAACCGCCUCGGCUCUGAACCGAAUCCAAACCACUUGGUUUGGCCCGGCCCAAAUUCCCCUUAUAAAAAGAUAAGCCCUAGCCGCCAACAUUAACAAACCAUCCCGACUAUUUCCCUAUCGAAGCGGUGCUGCAAACAGGAAACGCAUACUUCGACGGCACCGCCAUGUCAUCUCUGAGAAACAUCAUUCCAAAACGUACUUACAAAGAGCGUGCUCAACCGGCUUCGAGAGAAAGAUGUGGUAUACUCGAAAAGCACAAAGACUAUGUCAUUCGUGCUAAAGCCUUUCAUAAAAAGCAAGACACACUACGGAAACUUAAAGAAAAAGCUUCAAAUAGAAAUCCAGAUGAAUUUUCCUUUAAGAUGAUUUCAUCCAGAGUCGUUGAUGGAGUUCAUAGGAAAAAUCAAGACAUAAUACACCAUGUGACACAAAACAAUGAGCUAAGACCCAUUCUUCAAAAUAUUGACCAUGAGAAAAAGACUAAGAAACGCAAACUACACGAAGAAAGCAAACUUUUUGGAAGCAUACCUUUGAAAAGCAAACCACGCGAAGAAAGCAAACCUUUUGGAAGCAUACCUUUGAAAAGCAAACUACGCGAAAGAAAGCGAUGAAAGAGUGACAAUACAUCAUGCUAUUACUUUAUCAUUUGUUUUAUCAAUUGGACUUACGUAGAUUUCAUAGAUUAAAUGGUGAAGAUAAUUUAUUUAAUCUAGUUACAUUUUUUUUU